GUAGCAUCGCCUGCUGGAGUGGUUGUCACAUUUUCAGUUAAAGUCAUGGAUGGUUACCCCGGAGUCACCGACAGUGAUCCAGCAAAGCUGCAGGAAAGACAUUACUACCUGCUGUCUGAACUGCAAGCUUUAGUCAAGGACUUACCCAGCUCCUUCCAGCAGCGUCUGACCUACAACACCCUGAGUGACUUGGCUUUAGCCCUCAUUGAUGGGACGGUAUAUGAGAUUGUGCAGGGCCUCCUGGAUAUUCAGCAUCUGACAGAAAAAAAUCUCUACAACCAAAGGCAGAAGCUGCACUGUGAACACCAAGCGCUCAAACAAGACAUGGUCCGAAAACACAAGGAGGCAUUACAGUCGUGCAAGUCGCACAACCUGGCGCUUCUCAAGUCGACCCAGCAAACUGAGGUUGAGGCUCUGGAAGUUCGGGUCCGCGAGGAACAAAAGAUGAUGGAUAAGAAGAUUGUAGCAGAAAUGGACCAAAAAGUGAUUGACCAGCAGAACACCUUGGAGAAGGCAGGAGUUCCAGGGUUUUACAUCACCACUAACCCUCAGGAGCUGAUGAUGCAGAUGAACUUGCUUGAACUGAUUCUGAAGCUUCAACAACAGGAUUCCCAAGCUGGACUUCUAUGAGAACUAUCACGGAGGUGCGACUGUGCCAAAAGGGACAUUAUUUUCCAAUGUCUCAGUUACAGAAGACCAAAAAGAGCUGAACAUGUGUCCUUCGGUGACCAACACUGCUCUCACACACCUAAAAGAAAGACUUUGGGCCUGAAGCAAAGCAGGUUUAAAGGCACGUCACAGUUUUGAAGUGAAGUGAUCCCAGUUCUAUGUACUGUAAACGAUGUACUGUAAACUUUCUUCAGGAUGCUUUGCCUCUUAUUUAUUUCUGCGACUUUAAAGCCAGGUAACACUUUUGUUAAACACACGUGUAUCUCUUUUUGCCAUUUUUGAGAAAUAAAUACAAUGUUUAGUUUAGUUAAAAUACUUGUUUUCUACGUUAUGUUCCCUGUGUACAUAAAGUUUGAUCUGUUAGUUCA